GGCAAUUUGAGUUCCAAACGCUCAGCUCGGACGCACUCGCUCUGAGAAAUGGAUCCGAGCUCCACAGGCCGCCGGAGCCGCAAGACCCGGCCCAAGCCAGACCUCUACUCCACCGUCGUCAUCCACGGCGACGAAGACUCCAGCUCCGAAUCCGAGCACGAACAGAACGAACAGAAAAAGCGAAGCAAAGCACAAACACGAGAGCAACAAGAAGAAGACCUUUACGCCACAAUGGUGUACAAGGACGACGACGACGACGACGAAGACGACUCCUCUCUCCCCCCACUCCUCAAACGCCUCCCCAAGGACUUCGGCGGCGGAGACCCAAUCGACGACGACGACGACGACAAGGCCGAUUUCAGCACAAUGAUCGUCAAGAACGAUCGCACUCGCACUCGCCCCCGCAACCUGUCUUCUCCGUCUUCCUACUCCCCGUCGAAGUCCCAGAGCUCGCCGCUCUCGGAGUACAAGCCCGCGAGACCCGGGAAUAGAAUGGGCGGUGGUGAUGACGGCGAUGACGAUGAGGUUGAUGGUGAUGGCGAGGGGUUUUCGACGAGCGGGACCGUGUUGAGGAGGAUUGGUGGUGGUAGUGGUAAAGGGAUGGGGGAUUCGACUAUGGGGCGCGCCGUGGCGAGUAUGCAAGCGGUAGGGGACUUUGGGUUUGGGAAUCAGAGGAAGGGGAGCGGGUCGUCGCAGGGCGGCGGCGAGGAGGGUCGGCAUCCCAUGAUGACGAAGAUGUCAACGAGUUCGAUUCCGGAGAGUCUUACCCGGGAAGAUCCUACUACUAAGUACGAAUUGCUCAAUGAGCUUGGGAAAGGUUCAUAUGGGGCUGUUUACAAAGCUAGGGAUAUAAAAACUUCGGAGCUGGUUGCUAUCAAAGUAAUAUCAUUAUGUGAAGGGGAGGAGGGAUAUGAAGAAAUUCGUGGUGAGAUUGAGAUGUUACAGCAAUGUAGUCAUCCAAAUGUUGUGCGCUACCUUGGAAGCUACCAAGGAGAGGAGUAUCUUUGGAUAGUGAUGGAAUACUGUGGGGGUGGAAGUGUUGCUGACUUGAUGAACAUUACCGAGGAGCCUUUGGAGGAGUAUCAAAUAGCAUAUAUCUGUAGGGAGGCAUUGAAGGGCCUUGCUUAUUUGCACUCAAUUUUCAAAGUCCAUAGAGAUAUUAAGGGUGGAAAUAUUUUGUUAACUGAACAAGGAGAUGUCAAGCUGGGUGAUUUUGGGGUUGCAGCGCAGCUCACAAGAACCAUGUCAAAGCGCAACACGUUCAUUGGCACUCCACACUGGAUGGCUCCAGAAGUUAUUCAAGAAAGUCGCUACGAUGGAAAGGUGGAUGUAUGGGCUCUUGGUGUGUCUGCAGUUGAAAUGGCUGAGGGGCUUCCUCCAAGAUCGACAGUACAUCCGAUGAGGGUUUUAUUCAUGAUAUCCAUUGAGCCAGCUCCGAUGCUUGAGGAUAAAGAAAAAUGGUCCCUUGUGUUCCAUGAUUUUGUUGCAAAGAGCCUAACAAAAGAACCUCGUCAACGCCCUACUGCAUCUGAGAUGUUGAAACACAAAUUCAUUGAGAAAUGCAAAUAUGGACCUUCUGCAAUGUCACCAAAGAUUGAAAAGUCAAGGCAAAUUAGGGCCUCCAUGGCUCUGCAAGCACAAAGUCUUCCAACUUUAGCAGGAGAUGAUCCACUACUAUCUCCAAAUCUGAAUCAGGAAUAUGGAGAUACUGUUCCAUCAAGGCCUUAUAAUAUUGGGCUUCAAGUUGCAAAUGAAGUGCAUGCAAAUAGCACUUUGAGGAAGCAGCACAUAUCUGAUGGUGUAAAACUGGAUGGGGAAGGUAACUUUGACACUGUGAUAAUUCAUGGUGGAGAUGAGAUAGAAAAGACAGUCACUCAACCACAAGUUUCUGAUACUAAAGAACCCUCACCUGCUCUUGAACAUGUUGAAAGCCUUUCUGUUCCUGCUGCAGAAGGCAAAUCAACUGCAUCCCGGGUGGAGAAUAUAAGAGGUGUUGGAGAAUCAAAUUCUGUUACACUGACCAUACAAGAAUCUCCUUACUCUGUAUCUAGCUCCACUGAGCAGAACCUUAAGACUAAAGGUAUUUCUCAGGCAGAGCUUGGAGGUGGCAGUGGUAUAAGCCAUAGCACAUUGAAGAAUGAUACUGUUAGCCGGAAAGCUUUUGCAUUGCAAGACAAGCUUUGGUCCAUAUAUGCAGCUGGCAAUACAGUACCAAUUCCAUUCUUGAGGGCAACGGAUAUAUCCCCUAUUGCUCUUUUGUCAGACAACGUGCUUGGAGGCAUGCAGCGGGAUAAUAGUGGAACUGUAUGCGUGGAGGCAUUGCAGGAGCUCUUUACUGGUGGUGAUGGACAGUCUAAAAAGGGUCGGAGAGGACAAAAUGAGAUGCCCCUACCUCCCAGUGUUUACCAAAGGCUCACUUCAAGUUCUACACUAAUGAAUUUGGCACAGGCUUUAGCAUACCACAAAAUGUGUUAUGAAGAUAUGCCACUUCAGGAAAUGCAAGCAACACAGGAGCAGCAGACCAUUCAAAAUCUUUGUGAUACACUUCGAACUAUUCUGCGGUUGUAGAUAGGGCAAAUACUGCUGCCACUUCAGUAAUUUCUGAUUUGUUUCUACAUCUAUCUAGUUUUAUGGUUUGUUUAUUGUUAGUACAAGUGGCAGAGCCAGGAUUUUGGUUUAGGGGGGCAAGGUUUUUUUUUUUUUUUUUGAUAAAUGAAAAAAAAACUAUAGUUAAUAAAAAUUUAAUUAAAAUUAUUAAAAAAAAUAUAGCUAAUGCAAUAUUGUGAGCCCCCACAUGAUUCUGUAACUUUUCUUUCUUUUUCCAAUUUUUAAACCCUUCAGUAACAAACGAGUUUCCUCCUGCUUGACGUUCA